AUGGCCGAAGCCCUCGGGCUAGCUUCAAGCGUCAUCGCUGUCGUCGACUUGACGGCAAAAGUUGCAGGAGCCUCGAUCAAGCUCGUCAACCUGUGGAAAGAGAUCAAAAAUGUUCCACAUGAGCUGCUUGAGAAGGCCGAGCGGCUCAGGGACUUUGAAGACUUUCUUCUAGAAACAGAGAGUCAGGCUGCCAACAGUCCCCUGCCCCAACGAGCUUGGAACAGCGCUCUUUUGCAAAAGUACAUCACUAGAACCCGGGCUGUGUUGAAGGACCUGCAGGAGAUGGUCGACCAGCUGUAUAUUCAGGUCACGGAUCCACGAAAGUUCAAGAGAAGGCUGGCGUCGACAAAGGCUGUUCUUCGAAAGGAGGACCUUUCUGCAUUGGACUUGAAGCUCAAUUUGGCAUUAGAGCUGUUCAAAUUAGCGCGGGAGCAAUACCUCACGUAUGCUGUUUCUCCUUCACGUCAUUUUGCUAUGCAACUAAUGGCCAUCACUAUAGGUCACUGA